GUGUUCGUUUAUUCUUCAGUUCUGAACUAUAGCAGCCAUGUGUAAAUACUCUGAAAUAUCAAAAUAACAGAAGAGGGACAGAUUUAUCUUCAUUUGAACACAGUGAAAACUGUAAAGCACACAGGUUUGACCUAUAAACGUGUAUGAAACUCCCUGAAACAUUCACAAAACUCUACAGUUUUAUAUGAAAUUAACAUGUAAAUGAGUAUAUGCAUACAACAGAGACAAAGAUCCAUUCGAUCUCAAACUCCACUCAUGUUGCUUUUGGUUCAGAAAAUUAAAAUUGAACAUAAAAUAAUAAGGGUCUGCCAAAUGCAUAAAUGUUUUGUAACACACAGGUUUGUCAUCAGGAGUGGAAACCAAUGAGAGAAACUAACUCCCAUCCAUUAAAACCUGGGUUCAAAUGAAAUCUGAAUGAAUCAAAUAAAUAUUUCAGUAAAUAAAAUCAAAUGCAUGAAUACAUAGCAACAAAAUGUGAAUUUAACUCACUGUUGUCAGCCACUGAACAUUUGUACCAAAGACUAAAAAAGACAAACUGAUAUUCAACCCUACAGUGUGUGUGAAAUGAGAAUGUAAAAGUUAAUAUAAAAACAAAGGCAUUCAAACUAAAUUUGGAGUUAAUUGAAACUGUAAAGUUUUGGUUGAGCUUGCCAGUGAGUCAACUGAAAUGAAACUGUGUUUUGGUACAUAUAGUUUACACUGAAAUAUUUAUUGCUCUAAAAAGUAGUGAUCACAGUCGUAGGCUUAUAUAUCGUUUCCCACAGCUGUGAACUCCAUUUGUCUGUGGCAAGAUGUUACAGUAGAUUUACUCAUUUGUUCCUUGCAUCACCUGUUUACAAGGAACUCUGCAGUUACGUCACAAAACUUUGAUCAUCCCCUUCCAUCGAACUGCAGACUUCAUUACGAACUUUCCCGAAGACCCUCCUCUUCAUCCAAUCACAGAUGAGUUCUUCUGCUACACUCCUUCUUGUUGACCAAAAAGAACCGCAACAAUUGGCUGUGUCCAAAACGUCCCACCUCUGUCUCCCGCGGGAUAAGCUUUUCUUGGAGCGCCCCGAGAGAGACGCUAAACUGAGGACGCGUCUAAGUUGGGUGAUGGUCAGAGAAACGUCGGCAGAGACCGACAAUCGUACGGAGCUGUAUUGAACAAGCAGUUGGUGAGACUUCUGCAAUCCUUUAUCUUGAUUUUAUGAUGAGAUUCUCAUAGACAAACUUUUGUUAUUGUUUGUGAAACGUCAUCACUUUGUUUUGCUGCUGAACAGUCACUCUUUUUGAAGACCAUUGAAGAUCAUUAUAAUCGACGUCACACUCUUAUCAGCUCAUCAUCAUUCCUCAUGGAAAACAUCUCGGCUUUGAACCUGAACUCCACCACCUCUGGUUGGAAACAGCCGUUGUGGUAUCUCUUUGAGGCGUGUGCGGAGGCUCCUCAUUGGUUUAUCUUCUACUUUGGUGUCAAAGUAUUGAACCUGGUUGCAGGAGUCCCAUUGAACGCCCUCGUGAUGUGGCAGAUUCUGAAAAAGAAGAGCGAGGGCUCGACAUCCAACAUUUUCAUUUUCAACCUCUCUGUCCUGGAUGCCUAUUUCGGCCUCAUGACGCCAGUCGACCUGGCAAACCGGCUGUACUUCAGUGAUGACCACAUCUGGUACUCCGUGCGUUUCGCCUACGGGCUGAAAGACGUGACUCCAUUGUUUCUCACCUGUAUUUGUCUGGACAGGUAUGUCGCUGUGGUACAUCCCAUCCUAUUCACCGGAAUCCGUGACAAUCGCAUCCGAAUCGGCAUCUCCAUAGUGGUGUGGGGACUCAUCCUCGCCUACUCGUUGACCAAAUGCUUCUUGGGCGUCCUGAGUGUGAACGAGGUCUUCAGCUGCGUCAUCCUCGCUGCCUUCUUCAUCAUGGUGUUCUGCAACCUGUCCAUCAUCUGGGUCCUCAGGAAAAGUGUCGCAGGGAAGGAAGUCAUGAACCCAAUAAAGAAGAGGGCCUUCAAUAUGGUGACUAUCGUCCUUGCCAUCAUCGUGGUGAACUAUUUACCUCCGGUGGCUCUGUUGCCAUUUGCAUCCACCUACUCGUUUGUGACGUUUCGGUGUAAGAUCAGCCUCGCCGUGUUCUCCAUCAUGGACUUGAGCUGCACCAUCGAGCCUUUGCUCUACAUCUCUAAGAUGGAGCGAUCCGAGUACUGUCCGUGCUUGCAGAGUCCCUCCAAGAAACCUGUCAAUGUUAGUGUCUGAAACGAAGCAUGCAUGAUUUGCGACUCUUGGGCUGUCUGUGUCUCUCCAGUGUUUCUCAACUGGUGGGUUGGGAGCCAAAAAUGGCCCUCAAGUCUGUUGUGAUGGGGCAAACCAUGUCAGAUACAAUACAAUAAAACUAACCAUAUAUAACCAUUAUGACAGCAAAAUAAAUAGACAGAGAACAAAACACUCUUCCUAUAGAGUUGUUGUUGAUGUCAAAGAUUAUGUGUCCAUCAAACUCCACAUUAUUUUGGCACAAUUUUAUCUGUUACCAGGUAAAAGUCAAAUUCAACAGACUGAUUGACAUAGGCAGGGUGUGUGACGCCUCAUCCUCAAACACCAUGAACGAAACAAGUCAAAGAAAAUACAUCCCAAACUACAUUAAAUACAUAAAUCUCACUCACAGAGAGAAUGAAGAUGAUUUGAACUGAACACACUUUGUCUGUGCAUUGAACCGUUUGCCGUCGAGAGCAUGAAAUCUCAAUGUUGGUAAGCUUGCAUCUUACUGGGCCUAUUAUUCAGGGUCUGUCCACUAUAAUGUUAAUCCAUUUCAACGUUUGCUUGUGCUACUAUUGUAAAACUCUGCAUUGUGUUGAUGAUGUAAAAUCUUGACUCUGAUUUCAGCAAAACCAGUUUAGAAUCACUGAUUUAAUGAACUGUUCAUCAUUAACAUGUUGACUCUAUGAACAUCUGCCAGUUUUUCUGAGCAUUGUCUUGUUUACCCAGACAUCACAUAUUUGCCUCUUUCUGUGCAGCUCAUUCAUAAUGUUUCAUUCCUCAUGAUUCUUUUCUAAUUGAUCAUUAGACUCUGAGAAGAUGAAGCUACAGAGCUGAACUUCACUUUGUACUUGUCAAAGUUUUGUUUUGAGUUUUCAUCAGAUCACCUGAUUCUUUUAUUUCUCACAGAUUAGAUUCCAGGUGCAUAAUUAAGAACAUAACGAACCACUAAUUAGAUGUUAAUUAAAAUACCUAGGGAUUAAUUAAGAAUGGGCUGAGGUGACACAGAUGGUACGAGCUUGUAAUUGUGUAACUAGAUGAUGCUACGAGAUUAAUUAACAUGAAAAACAUUUACAGUAGACGGUCAUGUGAGCUUGUUGUCAUUGAUCUCUGACUACUAGAGACGGUUACAUUAGGACAAGAAAUAUCAAUACUAGCUAGAUGUGUGGUGCAUAAAGGAACUACAUUACUCCAUACUUAUAUGUCUUUGUUCAAUUAUUCUUCCAUUCUGAAAUAUAGCAGCCAUAUGUAAAUACUCUGAAACAUCAAAAUAACAAAAGAGGGACACAUUUAUCUUCAUUUAAACACAGGUUAAAGCACACAGGUUUGACACUAUAAAUGAGUAUGAAACCACCCUGAAAUUAGGGUUGUCAAAAGUACCGAAUGAUUGAACAUUGUGCUCAUGUGCUCAACAGAUAUGUCUGUGAUUGGCUACAAUGAUCAAUGCUUCAAAAACAUGUUGAAGAGACAUCUCUUCACAGAGCACUUACACAGAUACACACGAGAGCGUUUGAAAGCAGGUGUCUAUCAGCGGAUCGUGUGUAUCUGGGUGUACUGACUUGGUACAGAAAUUGGUACUUUUGACAGCCAAACCUGAAACAUUCACAAAACUCCACUGCUUGACAUGCAAUGAACACUUAUGGCUUGUUUCCACCGAGCGGUACGGUUCAGUUCAGUAAAGUACAGUACGAUUCGGGGCGGCAAACCUUAAUCCGGUUUGCAUUUCCACUGCCAACAGUACCCUUACUUGAUAGGCUUGGUGUAUCCCGGAAAGUAGCGAUCGACGUCAUUCUUGCGUGAAGAAGAAAGUGACAGUAAACAACAAUGGAGGACAUACAGCAGCUUUGUCUGAGCAAAGGCUGAAGGCUGCAAAAGUAUAGGAACAGCCGAAAAAUACACAUUGUGUUGCAGCGGUCCUUGUAGCAUGCGCAAGUGACGAUUCUCUGUCAACCAAUCAACGUUCUGCAGUGAAUGUA